UCAAAAUAAAUACAUGUGGAUAGUCGAAUACCGUGUGGUAAAAGUUUUUAAUGAUUGUUUUUUCUUUAAUUCUAUAUCAAAAUCUUUUAUUUUCCGGAUAACUACCUAGAUAACAAUAAGUUAUAAGCAAUGUCUGACGGCCAAUUCAGUGAUUAUGAAGAAGAUAUAUCUACAAAGGUUAAGUCAGUGCGGUUUGCAGAUACUCCUACAUAUCGAGAAAUAAGCAGUGAUGAUCUCGAUUCAGAUGACUACUUCUAUGAUUCGGACGAUCAAACACAAGGCCCGAAGAAAAAAGAAAAUGUUAAUGCCCAAGCUCCUACACACAAAAUAACAUCAUAUCAACCUAGUGAAAAACUUUUUAAGAAGUAUGUUAAUCGAAUAAACGUUGAUAAGUAUGAACCAUCUAUGAGCGAAAAUACUCAAAAAUUCAUAGAGCGUAAUGAUCGUAAAACUGACAAUGAAAGAAUUAGGAUUAAAGAUAAGCAUGACAGGGCUACAGCUGAGCAGGUUAUGGAUCCUCGAACUAAAAUGAUUCUAUUUAAACUUCUCAAUAGAGGAGUCAUAAAUGAGAUCAACGGAUGCAUAUCUACAGGCAAAGAAGCUAAUGUAUACCAUGCUACAUCAAAAGACGGUAGAGAUUUUGCUGUAAAGAUAUUCAAAACGUCAAUAUUGAUUUUCAAAGACAGAGACAAGUAUGUAUCAGGAGAGUAUAGGUUUAGAAAUGGCUAUUGCAGAUCAAAUCCCAGAAAAAUGGUCAAAACGUGGGCUGAAAAGGAGAUGAGAAACCUUGUAAGAUUGUUCAAUGCUAAUUUAAAUGUACCAGAACCUAUAAUACUUAGAAGUCAUGUGCUUGUCAUGACUUUUAUGGGUGAAAAGGGAUGGCCGUCUCCAAAACUCAAAGACGUUGAAAUAUCUCAAACCUCAGCUCGAUCGUUAUACAGAGAUUGUAUCAUUAUGAUGUGGAAAAUGUUCAACAUAUGUAAAUUAGUGCAUGCCGACUUAUCAGAAUAUAAUCUCUUGUACCAUAACGGAAACAUAGUUAUGAUAGACGUCUCGCAGUCUGUGGAACAUGACCACCCACAUGCUUUUGAGUUUUUGAGAAAGGAUUGCACUAAUAUAUCUGACUUCUUCAGAAAGAGAGGUGUGGCUACAUUAACAGUUAAAGAGCUGUUUGAUUUCAUAACUGAUACAUCCAUAAAUGAAAGCAAUUUAGAGGAAUGUCUUGAGAAGUUAUCGGAAAAGGCAGCGUCAAGGAACUUUGACGAAAUGAGCGCACAGGAGCAGGUAGAAGAGGAAGCAUUUAAAAAUGUUUACAUUCCCAAAAGAUUGACUGAGGUUAUCAACUAUGAGCGAGACAUAACAAAAGCUAAGAAAGGCGACACAACAGACCUAAUAUACAAGAAAAUAGCUGGUUUCAAUGAAGAUCUCACAGGAACAGUGGAUAAACCGGACAUUUUGCAAGAAGAUGAAAUAUCGGAGAGCGGUUCAGAUAGUGACUCUGAAAAUGAGGAGGAUGAUGAAAAAACAAAAUUCAAAAACUCGGCUCGCCCCAGAGACGAAUCGCCAAACAGCAAGAAGGCAAGAAAGAAAGCUGUUAAAGAAGAAAAAGCAGAAAAACGUAAAUCAAAAACAAAAAAACAUGUUAAAAAACGCAAAGAUAAAGGAACGGGCAAGAAGUAAAUCCUUUUUAUGUAUGUUAUAAGGUAACAUGAAAUAUUUGUAAAUAAGUGGUAAAAAAUACACAUAUUAUAAGUUA